AUGGAACUAAUUGAAGAACAUAUAUCGAAUAACAAUUUUCAUUAACUCAGACUUCUUAUGCAAUAUCCCACUAAGUAAAAUCACAUGUUUCAAUUUAUCCAAACCAAUCCUACAUGGCUUCUCAACAUACCAUUUGAUCAAAUUAAUUUCCUCUACUUUUAAUAAUGGUUAACAAAUUUCAUCACUGCCAAUUAAAACAAUGCUUAAUUCAUCCUCCAUAAUUUCCAAAUUCAGAUCUAUAAACAAAUUCUCCUAGACUCUAAAGAUCUCAAAAUUCAUAAAGCAUAUUUAAUUUUCAUACAUAACAUGCUCAAAAACACAAUAGACAAACAGUAUUUCCUAUUUCAAUCCUUUUUCAAAGAUCUCACCAUUUUCAUAAUCAAUUAAUCACUAACUAGUCAAAACCCAGAAAUAUUAGAAUGGCUUACCUACUGUUUUGUUAAUAUUUUUCAUGAAACUUAUCAACAAUCCUAUCUCCAAUUACUUUACCAUAAUGAUAUGCAACUCUUUGAUUUCAUCUUUCAAUUGCUUUAAAAAACUAUUGAUGACAAAGUUUAUCCAUCUCUUAUACAUAAUUAUCUCCCCAUAAGUUAAGACAUUCAAUCCUUAUACUCCAAUCAUAAUAAGUAACACUUCUAUACCAUUUCAUUAGAAUAGGCAUUCAACUUAGUAUCCAAGAUCUUUAAUUUCUUAUACAUUCCGACCUCCCUCCACUUCACAAAUUCAAAUUCUAUUCCCUAAUAACUUUUAUGGGUGGAUAUAAUCCAUAAAUACAAACUUUAUUCUAUCCUCAAUAAUUUAAGGAAUCCCUCUCUUAAGUUGCUACACAAUAAAAUGAUGAACUCAUUUCCAUUUUCCUUAGAUUUAUUGCCAACAUGGUUCAUAUUAAUAAAACCGUUUGGGAAGAACUUAAAAAUAAUUGUAUCUUUUAUAUCAAAAUUUUAGUAACUUCCUUAGACCCUAUCAUUCAUUUUACUAAUGUUAAUAAUUCGCAUCAACAGAGGGAAUGGGCAACAUUAAUUAUUAGAAAUCUGUGUGAUUGUGAAGAAUUAAGAGAUUAUCUUCAAAAUUAUAAAUGA